AGGGAAGGUUACCACCGACCCUCCGGACGGGCUCGAGCUCCACGUGUGUCGAGGCGGACCUCACCUUCCUUAUUUUGUAAUUGGUUUCAUUACCCGACAGAGAAGGAAGAGGAAGAGGGCGGCGGCAGGCGCAACAAGUGUUAUAUAUAUACCUGCAAGAAUUUACCAAGUUGUGCUUGAGCUCUUGGAUCAGGAUGUGUUGUAAAUGAAGACGAUGUUAUCUCUCUACACGAGUCAUUAAUACUUUACUCAAAGAUGCAUAGCAAGCUUAAAAAGGCAAAAGAUUAAACUAUUUUUUUUUCUUAAUCUUAUCACCAGACUUGCCAAGUGAGAAAACAUACUCUGUCAAUUACAUUAAUGAAGUUUGGAAAUGGAGCUUCAUAUUUUUUCAUCAUGUUACAGUAUACUGCAAGAACAUAUUCGAUGCCAUUUCUUUAGCAGUUCUGCAAGUAGACAUAGAAAGAUACACAUAAUUAAGAAAAAGAAUCCUAAGAAGUGAACAGUAAGAAAAGGAAUGAUAUGUCUUACAGAAUGCAUUUUGAUCAAGGAGGUGAAGAAAGCAGAGUACUCACAAGAUUGUUGGCAGUGGAUAUGGAAAAAAAGAAUGAUGGAGAAAUAAGAAGACCUGUGGAAUGUAGUCAAGCACUACACACUGAAAAAUUCCAAGAUGCUGCGCUUAUUGCUUAUAUAAAUUUAUUUAUUGAAGGAAAGUGCCACAUAAAUAAUGCACAGUGUCCUGUUGGCAUCUUUGGCACUAAAGCAAAGGAUCAGAAUACACACAAUAUAGUUAGUGUACUUGCUCAAGUUUCAACUAUGGGACCACUACACAUUCCAUCCAACAUGAGGAACAUUUGUAUAUUUUUAAUCCCUUUAACUAACCAAAUCUUAGCAGUCAUCCAGACCUAUAUUUUUUUUAGCCUUUUGCUGCCUCUCAUCUCUACAGCAGCUUUCAAUUUCUUAGUCUUCAUUGUCUCAUUACUCACACAGAGUUCUUUGCCCUUCUACAUAUCAUGUUUGCAUUUACAUAACCAAGACUACUGGGAUAAAAUACCAUUACCAUGUUUGCUUUCUAGUUAUAGCAUUGGGCUGCCCAUCACAUUCCUCAUUACUAUAGCCUGGGUAAAGUUGUUAAUAUCUCUCAUAAUUUUUAGAAUUUAUGCUAGUGCUGUGGUAGAAAAUAUGUGCACUUUUGUAAGUACUAAUUCUUAUGAUGUGAAAAUAAAGUUUUCCAUUUCUUGGCAUUUCUGUCGUAUGUAUACAAUAGUUGGGUAUUUCUACCUUGAUCAGAAUAGGCCUGCUUGCCUGGAGAAGGUAGUUACCAAACCUGUGUGUGUGAUAUUUAAUCACAGUAUGAUUUUCCUUAUACACAGUACUGGUAUUCAUAAUUUGUUCAAAACUCCCACCUUGUCUGAUAGACAUGUCAUUGUAUUUACAGUUACAUCAUUCGGCCCCUCUUAUGGUACCUUCAUCACUCGAGUCAUUGACAUACUUGGCAGUCAGACUUUUGUCUCUUGUACUUGUCCAUUUCUUGAUAUAACUAUCUUACCAUCAUCUCCCAUGUCUAUCUUCCCACUCAUUAUAUGCUUCAUGCGCAGCCCUGUUAUGUCUAUCUCACUCUGUUUUGCAUUCUCCAUUCCAUUUCUAGACUCAAACAACAUUCCAUUCUCACUUGCACCAACCAUUUUAUCCCCUGCUGCAACCGUCAUCCAGUUGAAUUUAUUACUUAAAUACCCAUGCAUUUAUGAACAAUUGGGUGAUAGAGACAACACAAGCAGACAUGUCAGUAAAACAAGCUACAUGUCAUACUACUUGAGCAAACUUUCUAAUUUUUUUUGUGUUGAUGAAACUGCAAGAGUCAGUAUACCACACAGAAAGUGCCUUUCAAUGUGGUGGUGGGUGUUUUUUAUUGUUUUGAUAAAUUUGGGUAUUACAAUGUGCUCUGCGAAUGCCAGUUUGUCAACGUUUCAAGACUCAAUGGGCCAGCUCUCACAACUGGAGUCAAAAGAACAAGUAUUUGCAACACCAGUAAGCAGCAUAACUAGAAGUACUUUACAAGAAGUAUGUGAGAGCAAGCGGAUUAUAAACUCUGUGAAUGAGUUGGAAACUCUACGCAACUGCAGGGUGAUUGAAGGCAACCUGCAGAUAAUUCUUAUUGAAGAUGCCAAGCAAAUUAAUGAAUGGAAGAAGUGGAGUUUCCCUGAGUUGGUACAGAUCACUGGUUUUCUAUUAAUUUAUCGUGUAAGUGGACUACGCUCUUUGGGCCAGCUCUUUCCCAAUCUGGCUGUUAUUCGUGGAAUGACUCUUCAUCAAAAUUAUGCUCUUGUCAUCUAUGAUGCCAUGGAUCUUGAAAGUGUUGAUUUGUACAGCCUAACAGACAUUUUACGUGGUGGUGUGAGAAUUCAGAAUAACUUCAACUUGUGUUACGUGAACGAAGUCAAUUGGUCCAUCAUUAUUAAGGAUGCUAGUGAUAAUGUCUUCAAGAAUAACAAUGAAAGGCUCUGCGGUCCCUGCCAUCCUAAUUGUCCUCGUCAAGGGAAACUUGAACACUGCUGGUCCGCCAAACACUGCCAGCAAGUGUGUGAACAAAAAUGUGAAGGUAGGUGUACACCCAAUGGAGAGUGUUGCCAUUAUGAGUGUGUUGGGGGUUGUAAAAUGGCUAAUAACCCUUCCAGUUGCUCUGCCUGCCGUCACUUUAACUCCAGUGGCACAUGCAGCAAGACAUGCUUUUACAGCUUCUAUGAGUAUCACAAAUACAAGUGUGUGAGUAAAAAGGAUUGCAGUGAAAUGGGCCUUCUGCUGUAUGAGUCUGAGGACAGGAGCAGAAGGGAAUGUGUAAAAGUGUGCCCAGCUGGCUAUUCAAAUGAAACUGAACAAGUACGGAACAAAACUGUUAUGACCUGCCGUAAAUGUGUUGAGCCCUGUGCCAAGACAUGCCCAGGUCAGCUGGUUAACACAGUUGCCAAGGCCCAAAGGCUUAUUGACUGCACUAAAAUUGAAGGUCCACUUAUAAUCAGCAUCACUGGAGGAACUUCUAUUGCCAAGGAGCUUAAUGUCAGCUUGGGACUGAUUGAGGAAGUGACUGAUUAUGUACGGGUCUUCGGCUCUCGUGCACUCCUGUCUCUCAACUUCUUAGCGAGUCUGAAAGUUAUUGGAGGAAGGAAACUAUAUAAUGGCAAGUAUGCCUUAUAUGUGCAUGAUAAUGACAACUUGGAGGAGAUUUGGUCUUGGGAAAACCAUGCAGAUUUCACCAUUGCUGAGAAAAAUGCUACUGUAUUAUUCCAUUCCAACCCAAAACUGUGCUACAAGAAAAUCAAAGAACUUAUUGAGAGGACAAAAAGAAAAAUUCCAGAGGACUGCAACAUGCAACUUACAAAUGGAAAUAAAAUUGCAUGUACAAUAAUGGAGCAGACUGUUACCGUAGAAGCUUUGCCAGAAGAGGGUACGGUGAGAGUGAGUUGGACUACAGCACCAAUCAAUGAGGAUGACAGGAUGCUCACUGGAUACUAUGUAUACUAUAAACCAUCAGAGUCCAUGGACAUUGGCUACAUGACUGGUCGUGAUGCUUGUGAUGACGAUUGGGCAAGAAAGUAUGUAGAAAUUACAAAGUCUGAAGUGAACAUAAGCACCCAUUUGAAGGACUUGCAGGCAGACACACAGUAUGCCAUUUAUGUACAGACUGACACUGUUGUUGAUGCUGACAGCAGUGCCAAAUCAAAAAUCAAUUUCAUAAAAACUCUUCCUUGCAGUAAGUUCAGGCACAUGGCGUCCACCUCCCGGAUCCUUCCCUCUUCUUCUUAUCUUAUCUGUGGCCAUACUCCAAGAAGUGACCUUAAACAGUCAGGAAAGGACCCAACAAGCACAACUACACUAUCUCCAACUAGUGAAAAAUCAGAUGAUGAAGGAUCAGGUUCUGGAAAAUGUUGCAAGUGCUCUCCAGACAUGGUGCACACAGAACAGCAAGAGGACAUUGAUUUUGAGGAUAGACUAUUUAGUUAUGUUUAUAUGCGUCGUUCUAACAGGAAAAAGCGCAGUAAUGCGGAUUUUCAUCAUCAGGAAGAAGAAUCCUCCAUUCUUCGUAGCAGGAGUCCAUGUAUUUACACAGAUUUGUCUAAUGUGAACAACUCGUUUCAGAAAGGUGUGAAAGUGUUCUUCCAUAAAGAACAAAGAAUCAAUAUCACCAACCUUCGUCAGUUUUCUCGUUACGAGAUUGAGGGGAACAUGGCAGAAAUCAGCAUUUAUGGCUUAUUCUUUACAAUGUAUGCAUUUAUGUAUGUAGUAUGUGUAUGUAUGCAUACAUAUAUUCAGUAUAGGAAUAAUAAUAAUUAUUCUUUUACUCACUACUGUGGCAACCAUGGUGAUGGUUGUGUGUGGACACCUGUUUGUGACUGUGGGCUGCAGGUGACCGCCUGUCAUGAACCUACGGACAAUUGCCCGAGGGGUUCUGGGAUGAAGUCUUGUGCACUCUGUUCCUUUCAUCCUCUAAAAAUUGUAGAAACUACUCUAAGAUUAGCUGGGGGUAACUUAGUGAGGGAAUUAAGAGUGAGCAACAGCAGCAAGCCCGGUGUUAAAGUAGUGGCUUGGUCACCCCCCACCGAGCCCAAUAGUCAGGUCGUCGCUUACAUGCUCACUAUUCAACCAGAAAAUAUAUUCAUGCAGUUUUCUCCCAACGAGAGAUGUGUGAGUUCUCAGGUGUUUGAAGAAAACAACAACACCUAUAAUCUCAAUGUAACCUUAAUGGAGCCGGGAAGUUACUGGGUCAGUGUGCGACCAUAUACAAGAGAUGCUGAAGACCUCUAUGAGUCAUCUGUGCAAGUUCUCUUUAGUAUUGAGGGUGGAGAGGAGGAAUCAUCCCAUGAUAUGAAGCUUUGGCCAGUACUAACUGUACUGUUGGUACUGUUGCUGUUUGGUACCUCAUUUUUAAUUUUCAAGAUGAAGUCCAGAAAGGAACCUGUAAAGGAAACUCUUAACCCACACUAUCAUCACGAAACAGGGCCACUGUGGACCCCAGAUGUCUAUGCCAUGAUCUCAAGUCAACAUAUUUUAGAUUGCUCUAAUCUUUUACUGGAGGAGAGCUGCCAGCUUGGCAAAGGUCACUUUGGCAUAGUAAUGAAAGGACAGCUUCGUCUUGAGUCAGGACUCACUCCUGUUGCUGUCAAGCAAGUCACCAAUUACCAGGCUAGAGAUGAUAUACUUCAAGAGGCCAAGUUAAUGCUGAAGUUAAAUUGUUAUCACCUUGUGCAUGCCUAUGGAGUUGUACCUGGUCCAAACCAUAUGUUGCUGGUGAUGGAGCUAAUGAGUCGAGGGGAUCUGCAAAAGUAUCUGAGAUCACUGAAGGCACAGGAUGAUGACAUAUUUUCUGUUCUCAGUGUUGAUCAUGCGUGUGCCAUGGCAAUACAGAUAGCAGAUGGAAUGGCAUACUUAGCAAGUCACAAAAUUGUACAUCGUGACCUGGCCGCUCGCAAUUGUUUAGUUGAUGACCAACUUAACAUUAAGAUUUCAGACUUCGGCAUGACAAGAUUGACAGACAAUGACUACUACAAAAUCAGAGAAACAAGAUAUUUCCCAGUGCGAUGGCUGCCUCCGGAAUGCCUCAUCAGCUCAAAGUUUACUAGUCAGAGUGAUGUAUGGAGCUAUGGUGUGGUUCUAUGGGAAAUCCUGUCAGGAGGUGCACAGCCAUACAAGCACCUGAAAGACAACAGCAAGGUGUGGGAGAAGGUCAGCCAAGGCUACUCAUUGGAAACUCAUUUACCAAGAGAUACACCCACCUUUCUAGCGAAAGUAACAGUAAGCUGUUGGAGAUUUCAUGGCUGCCAGAGACCCUAUUUUCCACAGAUAAUUGCUGCAUUACUCCCAAGUGCCUCGCCAUGUUUUCUUCAACACUUUAGAAUGGUAUCCUUUUACCACUCACCUGAGGGUCAAGAGUACAAACAACUAGUGGAAACAAUGCAAGAAAUAGAAGUUGACAAUAUCACUGCUCCCCUUGCCACAAUUUCUCCAGCACCUCUCACCCAAGAAACUAGCCCCCAAGCACCACCAUUACCACCAAGGCCACCAAGUGGCCUCAAGUGGCGACCUUCAUUUCGGCUUCGUGGUCAGAAUAUGCGAAAGUGUACUCGUCAUUCUUCGUUUUCCUGUACUACUACAGACAUUACUCGGGCUCUUUCACUUGAUCAGCAAGGUGCAGUGGACACAAAUGCCAUAGGCACUAACAUCCAGGGACAACAUGCAACCUCAUCAGCCCUCAAUAGUGUGAUAUCUACGGAUGUAAACAGCACAGAAUCUAGUAACAUAAUUUCUACAACUAUGAAAAGUAGUUCUAUUUUUCCAAAUUUGUUAGAAAACAGGAAAGGUGAGGUUGCAAGAUACAAAGGUAAAGAAGACAACAUAACAGUAACCCUGCCAACCCCAACACCUAGCAACAUGAUAGUACAUAUAAAUAAACAUGGUUUGCCUUGCACCACAAUUUCCUCCGCUAACGUGGAGUCCAGUGAUACUGUAUUGGAAUGUUUUCCAGUAUGAACUGUUUAUUAUCUUGUCAAAAUAAUCCUACACAUUCAAAUUUUGAAUUUGAUUUAAUUGUUGACCAGACCACACACUAGAAGGUGAAGGGACGACGACGACGUUUCGGUCUGUCCUGGACCAUUCUCAAGUCAUUCUUAACGUCGUCGUCCCUUCACCUUCUAGUGUGUGGUCUGGUCAACAUACUUUAGCCACGUUAUUGUGACUCAUCGCCUGCACUUGAUUUAAUUGCUGUUAAAGUAUAACAUUGUCAGCUCAGAGCUCAGCUCAGCUGUUGGAGUCGUGUAUCUGCUACAGUAAUUGAAAGGCUUUAGCUUCACAGCUUACAAUUAGUAGGCAAGUUAAAAAAUCUUCAAUUUGUACCUCUCAAUUUGGACAUCAAGAGAAAACUAGAUGAUUUUCUCCAAAGAGUGCCGGACCAGCCGGGCUGUGGUGGAUAUGUGCUGCUGCUUGGAGCAGGCCGCUCCAAGCAACAGCCUAGUGGACCAAACUCUCACAAGUCAAGCCUGGCCCUGGGCCGGGCUUGGGGAGUAGAAGAACUCCCAGAACCCCAUCAAGCCUGUAUGUACCAGGAGAUAAGAAGAAGAUUACGGUAUUACAAAUUAGAAUUUUAAUCUAUUUUGCGCAAUUUUCUUUCCUCUUGAAAGUUGCUUCAAAAUAUAUGUUGAAGGUUACUAGUUUAAAAUGACAGUCAGAAAAUGAGAGUGUGGCAUUGUUUCCUGCAUCACACAAAUGUAUACAGUUACACAUUAAUAUUAUGAAAAUUAGUUGAAUAAAAAUGUAUGCAAUU